AUGAUAAAACUUCUCUGUUGGUACCAAAAACAGCUUUAAAGGAAACCCCUUUUCACAAAAAUGGUCACUUCAGCAGCCCUCAUUGGCUUGGGCGACGGCUUAUGUUAAAUGAUUGAAUAGAAACUUUCAGUUGAAAAAUCAAAGUUUGAUGUAUCGAGGAACCUUAGGCUGAUUACGUAUGGCUUCUUUAUGAGUGGACCGAUCAUGCAUUUCGUAUAUACAAAGAUCCUGCCUAAAAUAGGUCCUGGGUGCAGUUUAAAAUCCGUCCUGAUAAAAGUUAUGUUCACAUAGACUAUUUUCACGAUAUUUGGCCUAAGUCUAUUUUUCUUUUCAACUUCAAUGAUGUCAGGACAUACUUUUGAGCACUCCAUAAAUCAAGUCAGCAAGAAGCUGUGGCCGACCUAUUGCACUUCACUAAAGAUCUGGCCUCUGAUAUCAGUUUUAAAUUUUGCCUUUGUACCCCCGCAUUUUUAAGUCUUCUUUGUAAAUGUUUUCAGUGUAUUUUGGAAUGCCUAUCUUUCCUAUGUCACUUUUUCACAAAACUGUAAAUGCCAGCAAUAAAAUGAGAAAAAUAAUGAUGAUAAGAUCGAAAACGAUAGUAGAAAUUAAAACAGCAGAAAUAUUCUAGACAUUGAAAAUAAAAUAGUAGCAAUAAAAAGCAUUCAGCCAGAACUAGAAGGAUAUGCAAUGAAUAAUCAUCAGCACAUUGGAUUUAGUUUAUAGUAAAAUCAUCAGGCUUCAUCCCCAAUAGCAGACUAAUGA